ACGGGGGUCACAUGACCAGCGCACAGCUGAGGGAUGCCGAGGCUUGCCUGUUGCUAACCAGCUAGCACCGUUAGCUGUGUCUAACGUUUCUGGCAGAAACGGGUGGAUUUUAUUCCGCGUUUCCUGACCUAAUCCAACCGAGUUACCCAAACUAUCCGCCAUGGGGAGGAUACAUCGCCUAUGGUCGUCGUCUGUAUGCCCUCGUAUUGUCAGCUUUCGCUCAGGCUUCAGUGUCAUAAAUCGUAGCUAGGGCUGUCCAGUUAGCUCAAGGCCAAGGCCGAGCGAAAAAAAAAGGCAGGCCGUCGGGUGGAGCAGAGACGACUGGGCCCUCGACUCUUGUAGAUCCAGUUUGGGAUCAGUUCUUGAUUUGAAGCCACCGCUCGCCUCUGCCAGUAUCUUCAUCACUGUCAACCCCAGAUGAACCAUGUCUUCGUCAGGGUGCUGCCAGCUCCCCGGCUCCCUUUGCGAUUAUUCUGGGAACACUGAGACUGAUGCCUCCAAGGAUUCAGAAGAGUCUGAUUCUACUACACAGGCCCAGUAUGUUGCCAAGGUUACGGCUAAAGAUGGCCGCCCACUCUCCACUGUCGUCAAAGCUGUGAGCUUGCAGAGCGAUGUGGGGAUGUGUCGGAUUUGCCACGAGGGAGCUGGAGGGGAGACUCUGCUCUCGCCCUGCGACUGCACCGGUACGCUGGGAAAAGUGCACAAGAGCUGCCUGGAAAAGUGGCUGUCAUCCUCCAACACCAGCUACUGUGAGCUUUGUCACACAGAGUUCACCAUUGAACGGAGACCGCAACCACUGACACAGUGGCUGAAGGACCCCGGCCCUCGCAGUGAGAAGCGCACAUUGCUGUGUGACAUGGCCUGCUUCCUCCUCAUCACGCCUCUGGCAGCUAUCUCCGGGUGGCUGUGUCUCAGGGGAGCCCAGGACCAUCUGCAGCUGAAAAGCAGACUCGAGGCCGUUGGGCUCAUUGCCCUCACCAUCGCCCUCUUCACCAUCUACAUCCUCUGGACGCUGGUGUCAUUUCGGUAUCACUGUCAGUUGUACUCGGAGUGGAGGAGGACCAAUCAGAAAGUUCGCCUGCUCAUGCCCGACAUGAAGGGGGCGCACACCACCCAGCGUUCGGUGCCGACCAAGUCGACCAAGAAAAUGACUGACGAGACCAUUGUAUGAGUGCAGAGCGUUGAUGGGGAGGGAAUCAUGCAAAUCAAGCUCACAAAAGCACUCUAAAAACAAGAUUAAUCAUAGUAAUACUGAACUUUUGCACUUCAUAUGGACGAUCCUGAAGGGAAAGAGGUGCUUUCUCCUCAUGAUUUCUUUAAGCGCUUGAUUUAAAAAAAAUAAAAGAAAAAAAGAACUACAACGUUAUUGGCUGGCCACAAAAGUGGAUUUGGAAAGAACUCAUUUCAGAGUCACAUAAGAUAAAAACUGUGUUUUCACUAGUGCUGGGAUGUGAAUGAACUGACACACAGAGAAUGAACUAACCAGCCUGACUUUUUAUGUCAGUGGCAGAAACUUAUAAAAUACUAAGACACAAGCUAAUGUAGCAGGAUAUAACUGAUUCAGCAUGCUACUACAAUAUAAUAAGAGACAUAUUCACUACCUAUAAUUCCCCUGUAAUGCCCCCUGCACAAUGUAUUUAGCUGGUUUUGAACCGUGGACGAACAGUAGUUCUGCCAUAGGGUAGGAAUCUGAGAAAAGAUUGACAAAGUCUUGCUGUGAAUACUCUUUUUUUUUUGUUUGUUUGUUUGUUUAUUUGAUGAGUAGAGGACGACUGUCGCCUCUACCACUAUCCCUGUCUAUAAUCUGAAGCUUUUCAUUUUCCAGGUAAAGCUUUUAGUGCUUUCUCUAGAGGGAAUAUUUAAUUACGCUCCUCUCUUGUCAGUAAAGGGAGGCAGAUUGCAUCAGACACACUUGUCAAGAGGGGACACUGUGAAUUGUGGUAUGUGAAAUAAUACUAACUACCAAUGAGGAAAGUAUUGAGGGCAUGAAAAAGUGUUUACAUUUUAAUUGGCUGAUGUCUCAUCUGUCGUCAUAAAAGUGCAUUAGGAACUCGCCUCACUCCACGUGUAAAUGUAUCACUCAUGAACUGAGCUGCCCAGCAAUGAUAUGUGGCAGUGUCUUUAAAAACAAAUAAAAGGAGACCGCAACAGAUGCAGCUUUAAAAAUAAGAGCAACCGUGUUCAGAUGGGUGACUGAAGGCCCUGGGAGACAAAUGGAGACACAUCGUUCGAGAAGAGGCUGGUGUUUCAGCAAAAGAGAAAUGUGCUUUGAGAUGUCAAUCAAUGUGUACUAAAAGUAUUUUGUGUUACUGUAGUCUUCCUGCUUCAUCCCCCCCUGGAAAGUUGGGUUAUUGUGCAAUAAAACAUGAAGGACUCCUGGG